CAGCACAUGGAAUUUAAUGGACAGUUUCGCUCAUAGGGCUGUGUAGAAUUUCAAUAGCUGAAUCACCCCUGGGCGUUGUAAGGACCGUCUGGCUGCCGAUAAAUAAUGGAUUGCUCUGGGACCUAGCUACAGGUGUCCACACAAGUUGGCAGAUAUGACAUCUACCCAGAGUGGUCAUGGGGCUACCCAGCCAUCUCACGCAGUCCUUCGCCAUAUGUCUGAGGAGGCAGAGGAGGCCAGUGACAGACCCAUUCGGCGCCACAGAUCAUUCAGCACCACAGACUCCCAUAACAUAAACAAUAACAACAACAAUGAAGAGGAUGAGAAAGAGAAGGAGAAAAAGAAGGAGAAGAAAGAGAAAAAAGAGAAGAAGGAGAAAAAAGUAAAGAAGAAAAAUGGAGAAGAUGAAAAAGAAAAAGAGAAAGAAAAAGAGAAAGAAAAAGAAAAAGAGAAGGAAAAAGAAAAAGAGAAGGAAAAAGAGAAGGAAAAAGAGAAAGACAAAGACAAGAAAGAAGGACCAAAGGAGCCAUUCAUUAUCAACCCAGGAAGCAGCCUGUACAACUACUGGCUCUUCAUAAUCUCAAUCCCUGUCAUGUACAACUGGACCGUGAUCGUUGUGAGAGCAUCUUUUGAGGAAUUCCAGCACAGGAACCUGUACCUUUGGUUCUUUCUGGACUACACUGCUGACCUGGUGUACUUGGCUGAUAUAGCCGUGAGAACAAGGACAGGUUACCUGGAGCAAGGCCUACUGGUAAAAGAUGAAAAAAAGCUUUUGGCUGAAUACAUGUCAAGUAAACAGUUCAGACUGGAUGUAAUUUCGAUGUUGCCCACUGAUCUCUUGUACUUUUACUUGGGUCUCGACUACCCCGAGAUACGCAUGAACAAACUCCUCCGGAUCAACCGUAUAUUUGAGUUCAUGCAGCGCAUGGAGACCAAGACCAACUUCCCCAACAUCUUGCGCAUCUCUACCCUGGUCAUGUAUAUCAUAAUCAUCACCCACUGGAAUUGCUGCCUCUACUAUUCCUUCUCUAAGGCCAUUGGCUUUGGCUCAGACCCUUGGGUCUACCCUUCGCUGGAAGAGAAGCAGUUUGGAGAGCUGCUGACGAAGUAUUCAUUUAGCCUUUACUGGUCCACCAUGACAUUGACCACAAUCGGCGAGAUGCCGCCUCCCGAGCUUGACUCCGAGUUCUUCUUCCACACCGCCGAUUUCCUGGCAGGCGUGUUCAUCUUUGCCACUAUCGUAGGUAAUGUGGCGUCCAUGAUUUCCAACAUGAACGCAGCUCGAGCCAAAUUCCAGGCGCGCAUCGAUAACAUCAAACAGUACAUGCACGUGCGCAAGGUGAGCAAGGACCUGGAGUCGCGUGUCAUCACCUUGUUUGACUACUUAUGGAACACCAACCGAUCACAGGACGAACAGGAGGUGCUGCGGUACCUGCCGGACAAGCUGCGGGCGGAGAUUGGCAUCAGUGUGCACUUGGAGACCCUCAAGAAAGUGCGUAUCUUCGCCGACUGUGAGGCCGGACUUCUGAUUGAGCUAGUGCUCAAGCUGCGUCCCGUUGUCUUCAGCCCAGGGGACUACAUCUGCCGGAAAGGUGACAUCGGCCGGGAGAUGUACAUCAUCAAAGAUGGCAAGCUGGCCGUGGUGGCCGAUGACGGGGUCACGCAGUUUGUUGUCCUGGGCGAGGGAAGCUAUUUUGGGGAGAUCAGCAUCCUCCAAAUCAAGGGCAGCAAGGCGGGCAACCGCAGGACAGCCAACAUCCGCAGCGUUGGCUACUCAGAUCUCUUCCUCCUUUCCAAAGAUGACCUGAUGGAGGCGCUCACUGAGUAUCCCGAUGCCAAGGCCAUGCUGGAGGACAAAGGUCGGCAGAUCCUCAUGAAGGACAACCUGAUCGAGCUUGACCCGUCCAAGCUGAAGCCGGACGAGAAGGACCUGGAGGGCAAUGUGAACCGUCUGUAUGGCAGCAUAGAGCUGCUGAAGACUAAACUCUCCAAGGUGUCGAAGGACCACAGUAGGGCCCGAAAGGCACUGAAGGAACGCAUCGCCCAAAUUGAACGUUAUUCGGGCGAAGAGGUGGAAGAAUCGGAGGAGGAGGAGGAGGAGCAGAAAAGAGCCGAGGUUGGAGCGGGGGAGACCCAGCAGAGGGGAAAUGACAGGCCAUGCAAGCUGAGUCCUCCCUGCAUCAAUCAGUGCCUGACAAGCGUCUCAAAGCAGCUUGAUUGA